AUGGAUACAGCAAAGGAAAUUUAUAAAGGAGUGGCAGCAAAGUGGGGCAUUAAACAACCACCAGUAUUUUUUGCAUCUAAAGGAUGGUUUGACAGGUUCUUAGCUCGACGCAAGAUAAAAAACAUCAAGAUUUCUGAAGAAGCUGCAAGUGCAGAUUUGGAUUCAGCCAGGCAAUACCCAGAACAACUGCGUCAUGUAAUUGAGGACAGACAAUACACUCCUGAUCAAAUUUUCAACAUGGAUGAGACCAACUUUUAUUGGAAAAGUAUGCCAUGUCGCACAUUUAUUUCUUCAAGAUCAGCCCAUGUACGUGGAAGAAAUGCAAUUAAGGAACGCUUCACCUUACUACUGGCUAUGAAUGCUUCAGGAAGUUGCAGACUCAAGCCAACAGUUGUUCAUCGUGCCAAAUGUCCCAGAGCUUACAGGGGUCAAGAUAUCAACAAGUUAAAUGUGCACUGGCUUAGUUCUGCAAAGGGAUAUGUGUCAGCCAAGCUUGGUCUUGACUGGCUGAAGAAUUGUUUCAUUCCUGAGGUCGAGGAAUACUGCAAGAGAAAUAACAUCCGCUUCAACAUUCUCCUUGUUUUGGAUAAUGCACCUGGCCACUCAAGACUCCUUGCAAAUGUGCAUCCCAAUGUUCGGGUGGAGCUUUUGCCUCCUAACACCACAUCACUAAUACAACCACUUGAUCAGGAAGUAAUUUCAGUGGUUAAAGCUGCCUUUUCUCGCCGGCAGUUUCGAAUGAUGCGGGCAGCCACCGAAGAUGCCACUGUUCUCCAGAAACUGGUUGAAAGUGAAAGUGAAAAUGAGGAGGAAGAGCUAGUGGGAGAUAAUGAAUCAGAGUGCCAUGUGCUACAAUAUUGGAAAAGUUUUAGUGUCAAGGCUGCUGUUGACUUAAUAGUGUCGUGCUGGAAUGACGUUACUCCUGCUACAAUCAACCAUGCGUGGCAUAAUCUGCUCAAGGGCAUGCCUGAGGACAGGAAAGUAAAGGUAGCAGGCGAGCCACAAACAGUGGCGGCAGAGGUGGAGGCAGCUGCAUUGGAGGCUCGUCAUGUUCCUGGCUCUGGUUUUGCUGAAACUACCGACGACGACAUCUUAGAAAUGUUACGACCCGAUUCACCCAGUGCACAAGAAAUGUUGAAUGAGGAUGCCUUGUGUGAUGAAGCCAGUCCUGAUGAGAAUGAGGAGACAGCUGGUGUUGAAAAGAAAGGGCUGCCAAUCAGUGAAAUAAAGAAGCUGCUUGAAUAUGGCCUUCAAAUUCGUCACAUCUUGGAAUAG